AGCCACAACCGUUAGUGUUCUCUGUAUUAUUUCUCUUUUGUCCAAGGAAAAACGCUCACUCAGCAUGUUGGUGUCCCCUGUACCAGGCUUGUGGCUUGCAGCAGCUGUAGCAGAGGGUCUUUAACCUGUAGUGGGGUUGGUGAGCUGUUCCUGGCACUGAUGCUUUCUUGAGCAGGGGUGAUACUCUCAUCAGAGCUUUGUCAAGGAAAUCAUUUGUCCAGAAGCCUUGGAUACUUUUAGGACUCAAGCAGUGUUUGUGGUGUCCCAUGCAGGAGUUUUUUAAACAGGAUUUUUUAAAGACGUUUCAGAACUUCUGGUUUCAGAGGUUUCAUCCUCUCUGGCCCCAUCUUGCAUCUGCUGUCAGAGCUUAUGUCCCGUCACUGCUGUCACUAGCUGGAGCACAUGCUGCCACACAAACACUGUGCUGCAUGGUGCAUCAGGGGCUGGGCUCAGAAUCACCUCUUGGAAUGGACCAAGUGCCUCUGCCCAAUCUCCCACCCCUUAGAGAGACGUGUGGCGUGAACAUCAGACCGUGCUCCCCUCCUCUCUGCUCAGUCUGGUUUGGGGGACACUGACCUCUCACUGCUCCUCCUUUACUGCCGGCCUCGCUUGUGUGGUUUGGCAGGUGGAGGCGUAGUGAGUUUUUACAUUUCCUGCUGUCUCUGAGGUGCUGCUGUUGGUAAAGUGUUUGUAGUAUUAGGCUUUUGGCUGCCAGCAAGGUAUGACCCUACAGGUGUGAUAGAUGCUCACUCCUCUUCCCUCUUCACAUAAAAACUGCGUCUCUGGUGAGAGCUGUGGGUAAUCCCAACUGUUUGGACUGGGGGUAUCCUUUGCUGCUGGUAGUGACCACUAGGUCAGGAGUCCUUGGGUAUCAUGUUCCUCCCAGGAUCUGUAAUACCUAUGCAGACAGGCCAAGCUGGAAGUCGGAUGGAUGAAAUGCUGCCUGAUGCAAAAUGCAAGGAAGUGUUGUGGAAAGAGUUCCCACUUGGCUGGAAAUGUGGGAUGCAGAAUGAAUGCCUGAGCUUGAGCUCCUCUGCAGGGAGACAGGGGAGGCCGCUGAGUACUUCCAGAGAGAGAGAGAGCAGCAGAUGAACUUCCUAGGUGGUUACAGACCUGUAAGUGAGCUGGCCAGCAGAGCAGAUGGAACCGCAGCCCAUCGGGGCUAUGAGCACCGCUUGGAGUCACAUCCCGCGUGCUCGGAGCGGAGAGCAGCGGUGCUGCUGCAGGAUCCGGGCCCGGCCGAGCCCCGCUGCUCCCUAACCCCUCCUGUCCGCCCGCUGUCACCGCUGCACCGUCCGCUCGCCCCGAGCCCCUCUGGCACGCUCAUCUCGUCCUCCCUGCUGUGCCUGUAGCACGGCAGCAAACAGCAGGCACUGUGAGCGCCAUGGACCUGCAAUCCUAGCGAAAGGGCUGGGAGCGCGCCCGGAGCGAGCCCGGCGGGACCCGGGAAAGCCGCGGACCAGAGCACAGCAGCGGCCCCGGCCCCGCCGCCGCGGGCAGGGCUGGCGGCUCCGAGGGACCGCGGCCGCAGCUCGCAGGGAGCGCGGAGCCGCCGGAGCCAAGGGCUCCGCCGGGGCGGGCGGAGGGACUGCGCGCUCUGGAACGCGCGAUGUGCAACGGGGACACUCGCAGGAGGCUGGCGGCUGCUGCCAGAGAUGGCGGGAGCUGAUCCGCGGCCGACCCAGUACUUCGGUGGAGCGGCAGCGCUCGCCCCGGGACGGCGCGGAGCGGGCUGGGCUGGGCUGGGCUGGGCUGGGCCGGGCCGGGCCGGGCGCUGCCCCGUUCCCCCGGAGCGCGGCCCCCUUAAGGCCCGGGGUGGUUGCGCCGGGCGCUUCAUGAAUGGAGACACGUGACCCAAAUAUCACGUGACGAGUCCGUGAGCGGCGGCGGCGGCGGCGCUUGUGAGUCCCGGUCCCUCCCAGCGCGGCCUCCCCGCCCCGCCCGGCCCGGCCCGGCCCGGCGGCCCCGGCAGGAGAACCCAGCUGACAAGGCUGUCGUGUUAUGACGACCCCCAACAAAGGAAACAAAGCCUUGAAGGUGAAGAGGGAGCCAGGCGAGAAUGGGACCAGCCUGACAGAUGAGGAGCUGGUGACCAUGUCUGUGCGAGAGCUGAACCAGCAUCUGCGGGGCCUGUCGAAGGAGGAGAUCAUCCAGCUGAAGCAGCGCCGGCGCACGCUGAAGAACCGGGGCUACGCGGCCAGCUGCAGAGUGAAGCGCGUUACCCAGAAGGAGGAACUGGAGAAGCAGAAGGCAGAGCUGCAGCAAGAAGUGGAGAAGCUGGCCUCGGAGAACGCCAGCAUGAAAAUGGAACUUGAUGCUCUCCGCUCCAAAUACGAGGCUCUCCAGAACUUCGCCAGAACCGUGGCCCGGAGCCCCGUGACCCCUGCGCGGGGGCCUCUCGCUUCCAGUAUGGGGCCCCUCGUCCCUGGCAAGGUUGCUACUACUAGUGUCAUCACAAUAGUGAAAUCCAAAACGGACGCCCGGUCUUAGUGAAGCGAGCAUUGCCUGAGCUUGUCUGUGCAGGGCAGUUAGGCACAAAACCAGCCUGGAAUCCCCAAAGCACAAGCCCUCCCCACAUGGGUCCGGGUUCCUUUGACUUGGCCCAGGACUGGCCUGCUGAUCGCUCCAGUUUAUUUUGUUGUGUCCAGAUUGGUAUGAGCAGUGGUGAUGCAUCCCUUGUCCUGUGCAGACAGAGCUUCCCACCCAGCAGUCUGUAGCCCUCGGGUGCCCUGGGGACAGACUGUGAGAUUUUGGUUUUCUACCCAAAGAAAAUCUGUGCAGCGUGGCUGAGAG